GCCGCUGUUUCUCCGAUUCUUCUUCGUUGGUUUGGAGGGUGAAAGAUGCAGGAGGGUGCAGACAUGAGUUGAAUUAACCGAAGACCAAAGUAACGGACAUACAUUGACACAAAGAGAGGGGUAUCGCUUAAUCGGGGAUACCUGAAGUCCGUGCAAGAGCGGAGAAAUUACAAUCAGACCUUAAAUAUAUGAUUUGAUCGCGUCGUGAUCGAGAUGAAGCUGUUGAAACCAAGUUGGGUUAGUCACAAUGGAAAACCAAUAUUUUCAAUCGAUAUCCAUCCCGAUGGAACCAAAUUCGCAACAGGCGGCCAAGGAGAGGAUUCUGGGAAGGUGGUCAUCUGGAACAUGGCUCCUGUGCUCAGAGAAGAGGAUGAAAAGAACGAGAACAUUCCAAAGAUGCUCUGCCAGAUGGACAACCACCUAGCAUGUGUGAACUGUGUUCGCUGGUCUAACAACGGCCUCUAUCUGGCUUCUGGAGGAGACGACAAACUGGUGAUGGUGUGGAAGAGAGCUGCCUUGAUCGGGCCCAGCACGGUGUUCGGCUCCAGCAGCAAGCUGGCCAAUGUGGAGCAGUGGAGAUGUGUGACCAUCCUGAGGAACCACACCGGAGAUGUGAUGGAUGUGGCCUGGUCUCCUCAUGACGUGUGGCUGGCCUCCUGCAGUGUGGACAACACCAUCGUCAUCUGGAACGCACGCAAGUUCCCAGAGAUGGUGUCGUGUCUGCGGGGGCACACGGGCCUGGUGAAGGGGCUGACGUGGGACCCGGUGGGGAAGUACGUGGCCUCCCAGGCAGACGACCACAGCCUGCGUGUCUGGAGAACUGUGGACUGGCAGCUGGAGACCAACAUCACCAAGCCCUUCAACGAGUGUGGAGGUACCACCCAUGUGCUGCGUCUGAGCUGGUCUCCAGAUGGUCAGUACCUGGUGUCGGCUCACGCUAUGAACAACUCUGGCCCCACGGCCCAGAUCAUCGAGAGGGACGGCUGGAGGACCAACAUGGACUUCGUGGGCCACCGCAAGGCCGUCACCGUAGUGAAAUUCAACCCUAAGAUCUUCAAGAAACAGCAGAAGAACGGCAGCAGCCCCAAACCCAGCUGCCCCUACUGCUGCUGCGCUGUGGGCAGCAAGGACCGAUCGCUGUCUGUCUGGCUCACCUCUCUCAAGCGCCCCCUGGUGGUCAUACACGACCUGUUCGACAAGUCCAUCAUGGACAUUUCCUGGACUCUGAGUGGUCUGGGGAUCUUAGUGUGCUCCAUGGAUGGGACGGUGGCGUAUCUGGACUUCUCUCAGGACGAACUGGGAGACGCCCUGAACGAGGACGAGAAGAACACCAUCCACUCUAACAUCUAUGGGAAGAGUCUGGCCAUCACCACAGAGGCCCAGCUGGGCUCCACCAUCAUCGAGAACCCAGAGAUGCUUCAGUACCAGCAGCAGGCCGCGCCGGCCAGGAGCCUGGCGCCCCGCGACACACACACCCCCAAACUCACCAGCGUGGUGAACGGGGAGAGCUUGGAGGAGAUCCGCAAGAACCUGUUGAAGAAGCAGGUGGAGACCAGGACAGCUGAUGGGAGGAGAAGAAUCACACCCCUCUGCAUCGCUCAGCUAGACACAGGGGACUUCUCUCCAGCGUUGUUCAACAGCGUUCCCAUACUUCCUGGUUCUGCCGUGUCCAGUCAGUUGACCCCCCAGCUGUCCUCUGAUUCGUCCACGGCCAACUCCCUGGGCCUGCGGGCCAAUCAGGACCCUCUGACCUCCCCUCCCCCCGGCAAGACCCUGGACGACGCCAAAGACUGCAUCAUUGGAGCGGCGUCGUCCCUGAAGAGUGGGCUCCUCCUCACCUCCUCCGCAAGGAUGGAGCCCAUGAAGGCUCUGGACUCCAGGUUCACCGAGAGGUCAAAGGCGACGCCCGGGGUCACCAUCGCCUCUGUGGCCGGCCUCACCCCCCUGGACAGGGUGCCGUCCAGGGAGCCCCAGAGGGGGAGGGAAGACAGCAGUAGUGACAGUGAGGGCAAGAUGGCCGCCAAGCCCCUGUCCUUCUGCAAGAGGAAGUCAGAGCUGCUGGAGGGGGCGGAGCCAGGGGAGAAGAGGAAGAAGGGACGACCUCGCAAGGACAAGAUGGCCGCCACCCCGCCCUCCCAGGUGUUCCAGCCGGUGACCCUGUCGUCAGAGAAGGUUCCGGGAGGUGUGUCCCCCCCAGCGCCGCCCCCUCUCAGACUGGCCACGCCCCCCACCCAGAAGACCUUCACCCUGCAGGUGUGUAUGGAGCCCUCGGUGUUCCUGGAGGUGGAGAACGAGCUGAGCGUGGCAGGGUCCAGGCUGAGCCAGCUCAAGUGCUCCAGGGAGGGCAGGGACUGGCUCACCCUGCUGCCCAGCAGAGUGAUCACCGCAGCAGGCAGCAGCGACGUGGUUGCCGUGGCGUGUGAGGACAGGAUGUUAUCGGUGUUCUCUUCCUGUGGGCAGCGCCUCCUUCCGGCCAUCCUAUUGGCUGCUCCCAUGUCAGCGCUGCACUGCUCUGGAUACUACGUUAUGGCUCUUACUGCCUCCGCCUCUCUCUCCGUCUGGGAUGUUCAAAAGCAGAAAGCUCUGGUGAAGAACGAAUCUCUCCAGACCAUCCUGUCAGGUACAGACACCACAGUGUACCAGUCCUUACUGACCCAGCAGGGUGUUCCAGUUAUCAGUCUCUCCAAUGGAAAAUCCUACUGCUACAACUCCUCUCUAGAGACAUGGAACCUGGUGUCAGACAGACAGGACGUCCUGGUUCAGUGCGCUGACUUCAGCACCUGUCUGUCCUCUCAGGACUCUCUGGUGUCCUCAGGACCCCUGGCCACCAUGCAGGGACGCAGUCACAAUGCGGGGCGUCUGGCGGGCCGGCUGGCCAGCACCCCCCCUCACCUGCAGCAGAGCCUGACCCUGGCCUUCCUGGACAGCCAGCUGGCCUCCAGCUUGGCCCUGCUCUCCGCCCACGAGUACCGCCACUGGCUCAUCAUCUACGCUCGCUUCCUGGUCAACGAAGGGUCAGAGCAUCGUCUGAGAGAGCUGUGUAAGAACCUGCUGGGGCCCGUCCACAAGUCUGCUGCUACAGCCUGGGAGCCCACCACCCUGGGUCUGAGGAAGAGAGAUCUGCUGAGAGAGGUCUUACCUGUGAUUGGUCAGAACCUGCGUUUCCAGCGUCUGUUUACAGAGUACCAAGACCAGCUGGAGCUGCUGAAGAACAAAUGACCCCUGACCCCCCCAGCUCCACCCUGGGCCUGAUCCCCGGACUCUGAUUGGCUGUCCCGCACCCUCCAGGCCCUGCCUGCAGCACGAUUGUUCCUCCAGAACCAGUUUGGCCUCUGAUUGGUCCUCCCCUCCCAGGCCCAGCCUGUCAGCUGGAGAAGUGAUGCCAGUGACCCCGCCCAGUGCCCCCCUGCCCGGCCACACCUCCAGGGAAGGGGGGCAGGGGGGGUCUG